AACUAGUUGUGCGGGGCGGAAACAGGAAGAAUUACGCGCGCGAAGACAACCCCAACCACCUGAAAACAAUAAAACCUCCAAGAAAAAGUGCUGACAAACAAAGUUGCAAAAUCCUGAUAAUACCGAGUUCGGUUCGGUUUGCUGGUGGUCCGAGGUCCUUUUGCCUGAUCUAGGAGUAGCUCCGGGAUAGGUUCGCUGCUUCUUGCUGGUUGCGAAUUCAUAGACUUUCCUGAGACACUGACUCCUGUGCGGAGUGUCACACUACCGGUCCCAGGAAAGUAACGGAAACCGAUUUCGCCAUAGGUUAAAAGGUUAAGAAAAGUUGAUUGCUCGAGGAGGAAGGGCACAAGGACGAGGACGGAGUGAAAGUAGCAGUGAUAGAUAGAAAACCGAGUUGGGGGCAACAGUGAACACGUCGUCCUUCCGGUGCCGGCGGCUGUCCUUUAAGGUGUGUUCUACCUAACGAAAUAGGGUCGCUAAAAAUAAGCAUCCGAGGGUGGCGGUGAUUCCUUCAUUUACGAUCCGUAGUGCAGUGCCGUAUUGGGAAAGUGGCAAUAUCCGAAAUAUAUAUUCCAGUCAGAGUGCUCAUAGUGUAGUUGCCCAAGAAAAGGAGUUGUGUAUCCCAUAGUGUGAAUGUGAUUGUGCCGUGGUCUCGCGUUUGGCAAUAAUGUACAAAGGACGUCUCUAUCCUCGCCGAGAACCCUCAUCAUUGGGAGUGUAUGUAUAUAUGUAUAUAUCCGUCUGAGUCAGUCAGCUGUACGUAAGCUGUGUGUGCUCCAUCAAUGAAAUAGAGUCAUUUCUCCGAAGACGAGUCACUUUUUUCGAGCAAGGAUAACGACAGAAGCCAAGCUUCAUCUUCGGUGCUCCAACGUCGAGUGUGGAUCCACAUGAAGCCGAUAUAGUGCAUCAACGAAUCAACGUUAUCUGAAUACAAAUUAAGUCUUCCACACGAUAACUCCCCAUCAGGAAUGAAUACAGAUUAAAACCAUUUAAUUGAAAGCCGGUAUCAGGGCCAGUGCCUCCAUUCAGCUGUUACUGCCGGCUCCGAACCCAAUGUGUCCAGUUUUGAUUCAGCGAAGGUUCGGCAAGAGUGACUGAACCCCGUGUGAACUAAACGAAUUUCAUGGUGGAAUCCUUAUCGGCGGAUAAAUAGAAGGAUCAACGAGAGCGUCAUAAAAGGAACGUCGUAGGAUUAAUAUUUUGCUAAUACCUGGAAUCGAGCCGAUUCAAGAUAUCAGGCUUGGAAACCACAUCACAACGAGGAGUAACCACUUCUGAUGGCUGAGAUGAAAAGUCCUUCACUUCUAAGGAUUUAAUCCAAUUAAAGCAGAAGAAAAUCGCAAAAUUCAACCACACAUAAGCAGACGCAAGGAAAGGAUCAUCACGUGAAACUCGAAUCAAAACACCAUAAACCAGGAAUAGUUAAAAAGAGAUAUUUCUCCCAAGUGACUUAAGUCUUUCUCUUCGUUUUUUGUUUGCUCCCGGAAUACUCAUCAAAGCACCUAGAACGCAAACGGAAAAAAGGAAAGAAUCAAAAGGAGCACGUAAAUGCUUGUUAAUCAUCGAUUAUAGCCUCCGACGGCCCCUUGUUUUCUACGACUACUCCAUGGCCACAACUCAAUGGCGGAAGUAGCAGGAACCUGAGCAAUAAAACCAACUCGCUCGAGUUCAAAACGUAAUUUGUAUAGCUCCGACUCGGUGUAAUUGAAAGGAAAUAACGAGAUCCUAGAAAAGGGAGUACACCGGCUCCUGCAGCAUGGAGUUAAUUUCGCACAAAGGCAUACCCAUUAUCCUUAACCACGUCCAGCAAGAAAAACACUCGGAGCAUUUCGAACAGAAAGGAAGCGCAAUAAAAGAGCCUUUGGCCAUGACUUCAGGUAUGUUUGUCGCAAUCAUCGUCCUGCAGCCUCCGACUCUGCGACACUCCUAAAACAGCUCGUUUCCCUUUUAAUUUCGAGUGUGUUGUACCCGGGACGGAAACGUGCCAACGCCUGAAUCGACUGUACUUUGAGCUAAUUUUCGAAUUCGAGUCAUCAACUUAAUUUGAUUUCAGGAUAAUACUCGUGUGGAGCUGGUCCAUAAUUCUUUUGAAAUCCUUUUCACGCGCUACAUUAUUCAAGAGGAAAAGGAUCCUGGUGACGGGUAAUGAAGUGGGGCUGAAAUGGAUUGAGAAGGAUUCCUACAAAGAGACCUGAACACGUAAUCAAAAAUGCUCACAGCGACCUCAAGCAGUAUUAGAUGCUGAAACGAUACCAGGACAGUCAAUCAAACGAAAAAUCUUCACGGAAAAGUAGUUUAUUUUGUGAAAUCGGAGACACAGGAUUUACGAAAUACUCAAUCAAAGUUGCGAGUAGUACCAGGCGAAAUCAGUAGGAUCCAGGUCGAAUUUCUAAACUAGCCAAGCGACCACUACCCAAGCAAAACACACUCACAAAAUCUCCCCGAAACAACUUUUCUGUAUUAUGACAAACUGUUUGUAUCAAAAAUUAACGGGCUAUGAUUGUGAUGUUGUCAGUCCGUACAUCUUCCGUUCAUGAACGGCAAGCCGAGACGAUUCAUCCAAAAAAUCGACUUACGGCUAGACUAGGGUCGUUCAUAGUACAGCGAAAGAAUAAGACCGGCUUCGCUAAUCAUACAACUCCAGCGCAAACAAAUCCGAUAUCUUCCAAACUAAGCAAUUCCCCGAAUUGUGGGAGUCAAAUAAAAAGACGCUCCACCAAACUGAAGGCAUUCGUACGCCAGAGUAAGGAGAAAUUCGGAGAAAAUCUUCAAAGUCUUACGACAUUCAAACGACAGACUAGUGUGGAUACGAAAAAUUUAGAUUUUAGUGCGACAACGACGACGCCAAAAAAGACGACGAUAAAGCCAAAACCAAGUUUUAUAUUAGGCGAGCUCAAUAAUUUUCGUAAACCGCCAACCGUACAGGUUCCUGUAGCAACUAUAUUGAACGACCUUAGCCCAGUGCCGGGUGCGGCGAAGGUCAAAAAUAAAACUGUCGUCAGCCCUAUGAACCCCAAGGGACUACAAAGUGAUACGCCGGACGUAAAGGCCAUGCGGUACUACAGGUUGUGGAUCUACACAUGCAACGCAGUCCUACUUAUGGCCGUCAUAGUGUUUUGUGGCGUUGCUGGCAAAGUUUUAAUUGCUGAUUACAGACGAUUGCUGGUGACAGGGUUAAAUUUAGGUCAACCGAAUUUCAUAUAUGCCUAUUUGGCGUUACUCAUGCAAUCAGGUUUCCUUCAACUAAUCGGAUGUCUUGGUGCCUUAAGACUAUCAGAAAAACUACUAAACGCUUACUGGUUGAUUUUAUUAGUAUUGUUGAUAGGUGAUGCACUAUUAGGAAUAUUCUGGAUGUUUAAAUUCGAUAGAAUAAUACAUGACUUGCAGCCGAUUUUAAGGUAUAGACUUGCCACCGAAUAUGGUAGUUCCAACGAAUUCAGCGACUUAUGGGAUCGAUUACAAACGGAAGGGCGAUGUUGCGGAGUGAUUGGACCACAAGACUAUUCAACAAUGGCCACAAAUCGAUCAUAUCCAGCAUCUUGUUGUUCGUCAAGUGAUUUAUCUGAGCAGAUAUCAGUGUCAAGGAGACCGCUUGCAUCACCUGUAGUGUUCCGAAAUGAUGAGUUAAGCGCACAACAAAAAAAUAAUUUAACAGACAUAGCGGAUACAACAUGGAGUCAUGUGGUCUCAGAAAGUCGAGAAAGUAAAGUGACAACGCCAAGUUGUAAGGCAGUCUUCCCACAGGGUUGCACGGAUCGUAUGGUUACGUGGCUUAGAAAUACCGCAGACAUCCUAUUCGUCUUAGGGUACUGCGUCAUUGCAUUCCUGAAAUUGUGUUUUCUCGGUAUUUUACGUUACGAGAUUCGUGAAAUGAUACAAAAAAUCAAAUUACUACAAAAUGAGAUGUCAUCGGCGAUAUUGGAGCCGGAGAUUGAACAACAGCAACUAACGCAGGUAACAAACACAUCGAUAAACGGUGGCCUACAUACGGAGCCGAAAGUUGGGAAUCGUGACCGUGAACGAUCUCGUAUGAGUUCCGGCGAAAGUGAGCGUGAAUCCCUACUGAUACACGAAAAUCCUCAACCACCGCGAUACCUUAAGAAUAAACAUUUGUACGGUUGCAUGGAAACAGGUGCUCCAGGUGGUGAGUCCGAUACGAAUUCAAACUGUGCCCUCAUUGUCGAGGAUGCAAGUGCAGUGGCUGCAGCGAAAUCCAUCAAUGGCAACAACAACUAUGAACUGACCGAAUUCGAUACCAAGGCCCCAACAUACAGAAAGUCAAAGUGGCCAUCGUUAUGAGAUAUACAGAGAUACAUAAACAAAACGCGCAGCGAAUCAGGCAUAUGAACGCUCCUACGGUUACUAAAAUCUGACUACGGUAUUAUUUGGAGCAAUUGUUCGGUGAUCGAUGGAGAAAGUACGGCAGACAUCGACCCUCCCGUCGCAAUAGAACGCCCCGCAACGAAAUAAGGGGUGAACAGGGUGUUCGAUUUUGUACUAAGUCAGUUGAUUCAAUGAACGGUGAUGAGUGUGGAUGUGAAGAUAUUUAAGAAUUAUAGAAAAUAAUGGUAGAAAGGGAAACUAAGUUUGGAAUAUUCUUUAAAAAAAAAAUUAGAAAAAUACAGAAAAAAGUGUAACUAAUAUUAUUUAAAAUGGAUUUGGAAAAGACUAUAAAUAAGCAUAAGCAGUUGUAACACUAACACAAACAGUACUUCGUAGGGAUGCCUAAUCAUCGCGAAAAUAAAAGGAUAAAACUACCAAAUGACUAUAACAAAACCAGAUAUCAAAGAUUCACAUGAAAUCAAAAAUAAUACAAAUAUACAUUAACCGACUCUAAAUACAAAUUAACGCAUCAAGGCCCAUAGUAUGUAUCUUAAAUAUCAAUAAUAUAUCCCUAAGAUACAGCGUAUUAGAUCCCUGAAUCUUGCUUAGAGGCAGAUAGAACUGCGUAUCUCAUAGGAUUUUAUAAUAUAACUACACAAUAAGAACAUGUUGCAUUGAUUUCUCCUGAGUUUCUCCCAUUGUUUUUGAAAAUAAAUCUUAAUUUUAUUUCUACAUUAUAGAAAUAUAGAUAAAAAUAUACGUACGUAUGGAAUGUCUUGCAAUGUACACGGAUAAAAGCUAGCUAGUAGCAACUACCAUUGAUUGUAAGAGAUCUUUUUGGAAUUUUGCUUAAAUGAAAACUUCCUGUUUACUACAAUUAAUACAUUUACUAACUGUAUUGUGUAGUACAUAGACAAUAAUAAUAUAAAACUAGAUAAUUUUUAUAGUAUUCAACUCAUUUUGCCUAAAAGGCGUAAUUUAUUUAAGUAUGCUGUCGAAUCUUGAAUUUUGUACUUAGCAAGAGUGUCAAACCUGUCCUCAGAAGGGCAGUCUCUGUUUCACUCCUUUGAGUGAAGCCGGUCGCUCCAAUCUGGUCUAUUAAGUUGAGAUAUAAUAUCUACAAUCAUCAUCAUCAUCAGCAUCAACAGCGCAACAACCGGUAUCCGGUCUAGGCCUGCCUUAAUAAGGAACUCCAGACAUCCCAGUUUUGCGCCGAGGUCCACCAAUUCGAUAUCCCUAAAAGCAGUCUGGCGUCCUGACCUACGUCAUCGCUCCAUCUUAGGCAGGGUCUGCCUCGUCUUCUUUUUCUACCAUAGAUAUUGCCCUCAUAGACGUGCUAGAUCAUCGUCACCCGUAUGGAUUAAGUGACCCGCCUACCGUAACCUAUUGAGCCAAAUUUUAUCCACAACCUGACGAUCAUGGUAUCGCUCAUAGA